GCAACUGGACAUUUAGAGCAUACAGCCACCUGCUAUAUAAGGCCUCUCCCCACACCUGCCGCAGCACAUUACCAGAUUCACCUUCCUCAGGAGAGUGCCCCUGACUGGACUCAAAGGUUUGAGGCUCCGUGUCCCCAUCCUUAGGAGAAGUCAGUCCCAGCAUCAUGAAAGGCAUCCUCAUUGCUGGUGUCUUUGCGGCAUUUGCCAUCGCAGUUAUAGACUCCCUGAAUUGUACAAAAUGUGAGUCAUUCAAUAGCACCUGCCAUGAGGAAGCUUCAGAAUGUGGCGAUGGCUUCUCCAGUUGUGUGGAGUCCUCAGUCAACUCCACUCUAGGAGGGUCCUUGUAUUUGUACCAGAACAAGUUCUGCUCAAAAGAUAAUUGCAUCGAGAACAAAACCACCCAAGUGGCCUUCACAGUGCGUGUGUCUGCUAACCAAAGCUAUCAUUUUGCAAGUCAGUGCUGUCAAGGAGAGACAUGCAACGACACCAAUCCUGACUCUCCAUCCCAGGCUGUCGGCAGCAUCAAGUGCUCUUCUUGCUACAGCUAUAACACAACCACCUGCCAGGAGACAGAACUGCUGUGUUACGAAGGAGAACAAUGUGUCCAUAUCAUUACUAUUCCUGUAAAUCGCUCUGAAAAUAGAGUGGAGCUGAAAGGCUGUUCUGAUAUCAGCCAGUCUUCUUGUGAUAUCCUGUCUCCUGUGAACACAACAUUUGGAGGAUUCAUUUUCCAGAGUGUUCAAUGUGCAAAUGUGAGCACCACAACCCAGCCAGUCACUGUCACUACCACCACUCCGGACAGUGCAACCAUCAAAGCUUCCUUCGCCUCUGUGGUCUUCGGCAGCCUCCUUCUUCUGAAGCUGCUAUUCUGAGGUUCCUGGGCUCUGCCCCACCCAGUGUCCCAUGGGCGUUAACACCCUUUCUGUUCACAUACCUUCCAAUUUAAUUGCUCAGUGGGUUGUAAGUCACAGGACUCCAGGCAAUGCUAGCAGCCACAUCAUGUCCUUUAUUAAAGUGUUGUUUGACUUCUA